AUGAAGACUCUAUAUCUGAUGUUGCUGUUUCAUGCGAGUGUUCAGCUCCAGUGUGAUAAAAAGCAGAUCAACGCAAAUGUUGGAGGUGGAAUCACUCUUGUCUGCAGCUAUGACACAAAAAGCUUUCGGUACAGUAAAAAGUACUGGUGUCGAGGAGCCUCCAGAAGCACCUGUGAGAUUGUGAUGGAUUCAGAUGGACUUGCCAAAAGACAAAGGUUUAACAUCAUAGAUGCAGGAAGAAGAGGGCUGUUUGUGCAAAUCACAGGUCUCCGGUUAGAUGACGCUGGAGUAUAUUGGGUUGGGAUUGACAAAAUAUACGCUGACAUCAUGACUUCAGUUCAGCUGGUUGUCACUGAAGUGCCAGUGUCCAAGCCCAAGCUUCAGCCUUUGAGCUCUCUGGUGGAUAGGCCUACAUGCUGGGGGCUGCCAGUGACAGUGCGCUGUACUUGUACACAGGGCACCAGCGUUCACUACUCCUGGUAUCAACAUACCCUGCACCAGGACAUCCUCCUCCAAAGCACAUCAGACCUGCGCCUACACUGCAGCAAAAUGGAAAAGGAUAGUCACUACUACUGUAAGGCCAGCAAUGACAUAAGCAGCCAGAAGAGUGAUAUCCUGUCUGUGCAGGUUCUGAUGCCCGCAGACAGCAGCUGUAUCUAUGUCAUUAACAUCCAGGAUCUACCUGUUUAUGACUGCGUCGACAGACUGAGCACCAGUGCAGCCACUACUCUGGCUCUGACUACGUGCCAGGCUACUGAGAAAAUUCAGCAGUCUGAAAGCAGAAACCAGUCCUUACGUAUUAAUCAAACUCAUCAGGACGUGGCUCUCAUAAGGGAAUGGACAGGGCCCCCCCUCUGGUAUAUGUUACUGCGAUGGGGGAGCUUUGCAUUCUUGUUGACAAUUGUAUGCUCAGUAAACACAUACACAAGAAGGAAAGCAACAUGUGCCAAGAGACGGCGGCGCCCUCCAAAUAUCGCACCAGUAAUUCUGAUGAGCUAAAAGUGCAUUUUAAUGUUUCCACUUGGUUCGCUGACCUACAUGCUACAGAGAUACUGCAGUUCCUUGGAAAGCUUAUCAGUUUACAUCAUGAAACCACAAACAUAGCUGCAUCAGCCACGGCCCACCACACAGGGAACAUCCACAGUGGAGGCACAAUCUGCUGUACUGAAU